AUGGCAAUGUUAUUAAAAAAAGUGUGGGAAUCGGUGACGAAUAGGAGGAGUUCUUGUCCUAGUUCGCACGUUGACUCAGUGAUAAGUCCACCGGUUUACACAAAAUCACCACCACCAUCAUCUUUGGGAGCUUUUGAUCGGCUACCGAUUGAUGUGGUAUUCCAAAUAGUGAAAUUGGUGGGGCCAAAAGAUGCAGCAAGAUUGAGUGUAGUGUGCAAGUCAUGGAGGUCACUUGUAUCUGACGAUCGUCUAUGGAUUUAUUUUCUCCAAAGUUAUCAUGACACUUGGAAUUCUGUUUUUUUCGCUGAAACCAAUUUACAGAAAUUCUCUAGUCACAUAGCAAAGUCGUCGUUCAUGCGUAUAUACAGGCAAAGGGUGCAAGUUCCUGGUGCUGUUAUUGUUGAUGGUGGUUCUGGCUAUUACAAGUUUGGCUGGAGCAAAUAUGCCUGUCCGUCCGGUCGGUCGGCAACUUUUUCGGAAUUUGUCAAUAUCGAAUUUCCAUCGUACUUCAGGUUUCGAAACUUUUUUGCUACUAUUUAUAGCAGGAUGCAGGUAAAAGCAUCUGCACAGCCAAUUGUCCUCUCCCUUCCACUUCGCAAUUAUGAUGAUACUGAAUCUGCAAGAGCAUCUAGAAGGCAGCUAAAAGAAGCGAUCUACACAGCUCUGUUUGACAUGGAUGUUCCAGCUGUUUGUGCUGUUAAUCAGGCAACUUUAGCACUGUAUGCAGCACAGCGAACUUCAGGAAUUGUUGUCAAUAUUGGUUUUCAAGUCACGUCUGUGGUUCCAAUUUUAGAUGGCAAAGUAAUGCGCACAGUGGGUGUGGAAGUCGUGGAUGUUGGAGGAUUAAAAUUAACAGAAUUUCUUAGAGAACAGAUGCAGAGGAACAAUAUUAAUUUCCGAUCACUGUACACUGCUCGCACAUUGAAAGAGAAGCUAUGUUAUAUCGCUGCUGAUUAUGAAGUUGAGCUAUCUAAAGAUACACCAGCAUCAUUGGAAGUCCCUGGAGAAGGAUGGUUCACUCUUUCCAAAGAGCGCUUUACAACAGGGGAGGUCUUAUUUCAGCCACACAUUGCUGGAGUGCACACAAAGGGUUUGCACGAGGCAGUAGCUCUUUGCAUGGAUCACUGUCAUGCUAUAGGAUUCACUGGAGAUGAUACCUGGUUCAAGACUGUAGUUUUGUCAGGGGGCACUGCGUUACUGCCUGGACUUGUAGGAAGGCUAGAGAAGGAAUUACAUGGGCUUCUUCCUUCAUCCAUUUCAAAAGGAAUUAGAGUUAUUUCUCCUGCUUAUGGGGCAGACACUGCAUGGUUUGGUGCAAAGCUUAUCAGCAAUUUGAGCACCUUCCCUGAGUCCUGGUGUGUGACAAACAAGCAAUUUCGACGGAAGCCCAGAUUAAAUCUCGUUUGGUAAAAGGAAAAGGAUAGGGGACCCUCAAGUGGUGGGAUAACAGUGUGAACUACCUGGACUGGCAUGGUAUAUCCGUUUGUUUGGUAUUAUGGUGAAGUAUGAUGCAUGUAGCUGGAGAUAUUUUUAUGCCGGUUACAAUUUCGAAAGUUAUUUAGUUUUCAUUAUCUAAACUUGUUUUUCAACUCAAAUUAUGGUAAAAACUAUGGUUGGAGAAAAGCUAAACUGUAAUUUAUAGCCACGGAUCAGUGUACACCCACUACUUUUUGCUGAAAGUUCAUAGCUAUUAUCAAGAAAUAAAGUUACUUGAUAGAUAA